AUGAUUUCCACCUCCUCUCUCUUUGUGUCUGUCUUUUUUUUUUCUCUCUGGCUUUUCUCAUUCACUCACACACUGCAUUUCAUUUUUUUCUUGUAUUUUUUAAAAUUUUCUUUUUCUUUAUAUUUCCUCUUUUCUUCUUAUAGUCUCUCUUUCAUAUUUCUUCUUUUUUCGGUAUUUCUUUUAGUUUUUGAUACCUUCCUCUUUUUCUCUAUCUUUUUAUUUUCCUUUUUCUUGAUCUUUUCCAUUUUUAUCUUUCCUUCUCUUUUUGUUUUUAUUCUUUUCUCUCUUUCCCUUCUUAUUGUACCUUUUUCUUUUUCUUCUGCUUUAUUUAAUGUUCUUUCUUUCUUUUUUCUUUCUUUCUUUCUUUUAUCUUUUUUUUACUUUUUCUUUUUUAAUCUUUUUUUGUUUUUCAUUCCUUUCCACAUAAUCUAUUCUUUCUUUAUUUUUUCUUCUUCUUUUUUUUUUCUCUCUCCCUAUUGUAUAUUUUUUCCACUUCCUAAUUCCUUCCUGCUUUUCAUUCUUUAUUUCCUGCUUGGUGUCUUAUCUCGCUUCCUUAAACUCUGCCCUUCCCCUCUUCCCUGGCUUUUAGCCUUGUCUAUCCCAUCAUGCCAUGGCACACUUCACUCCCCAACCAUUUUGGCACUCCACAAAUUUUGGCAAUACAGAACUAGAUACCAGAACUGGCAAUCUCAUUCUUUCUCUCUUUCUUACUAUCAUUCUUUCUGUCUCUCAUUCUUUCUUUCUUCUACAGUUUUUCUUUCUCUUUCCCAACACCUUUGCCUUGUUUUAAUUUUUCUUGACACAUUUCAUUCUUUUUUAACUACUUUUCUUUAUUUCCUUUCUCUUUCUUUUUUUCUUUCUUUCUUUUUUCUUUCUUUCUUAACUACCAUAUUUUUCUUUUUCUUAAAUAAAUUUUCUUUCUCUCUCUCUUUCUUUCAUUCUUUCUUUCAUAACAUCGUCACAAUAUUUUCUUUCUUUUUCUUUAUCUUAACAUCCUUUCUGUCUUUCUUAAUAAACAACUUUGCUGUCUUUCUUUUCUUUUUUCAUUAUAGCUUGUCUCCCUGUUUGCUUUCUUUUUCCUUUCUUUCUUAA